AUGAAUUUUGCUUUUGUAUAUGUAUGUGGUUGCUUGACUUAACAUGAAUUUAUUUAAUAAAGAUUUCAAUUAUUUUUUAUUUUACUUCUACACUAAAGAAAGGACCAGCUCUCUUUAAUUUAAAAUCAUUCUCAGUUAUUUCUCUGUUAAAAUCUUAGCUUAAUUAUAUUGUUGUUCUCACAAUAUGCUCUAGCUGAAGCAACAACAUUUUCUUUUUGCUUAAAUAUUUACAAUAAACAAUAUCCAUCCUCUUAUGAAGUAAAAAAAAUUUUAAGUUUUGUUUUUCAUUAAAGAUAUGUUGAAAAUAACAAGAACAAAAUAAAUUUUAUAUUCUUUUGA